CCUAUUUGUGAAAAAGGAACAAAAACAUACAGAAAAGGACAGUGUGUCUAAAAAUCAUUUUCCAGAAACAUAAAUCAUAUUUCUUGAUGGCCAUUGGAUGAAUGAAUCUCUGCUGUGUGACUCUCCAGGGCCCCAAUGUGAGUGACCCUGUCGGCCCCAGGGCCACUCAGUACUGUCUGCUCACAUUGCUGCACCUGGCCCUGCAGCAUGGAGACAGGCUGCUCCCUGACUCCACGGUGUUCUCCUGUGUGGUGACUCUGCUGUGCUCGGUGCAGGAGCAGGGAGACUCGGCCCUGCCUCCCUGUGUGCUCAGGUCUGCCCUCUACCUGCUGUCUGUCACACAGGACAAGAGUCCCGACCUGGACUGGUGGCUGCCGUAUGCUGCUGUGCUGGCUAUUCAGGUGGGCCUACUGGCUAGCUAG